CCAGAGUUCCAGACAGAUACAAACUUUCUUUACAAUACCCCAAAGGUAUUUGGAGCAUUCACACUGUGUGGUGUUUGGGGUAAACAGCUGCUUCCAUCUCUUGCACCCAGCCCCCUGCGAGUGAAUUCGGCCAUUAACAGCAAGUAGGCAAAUGUAAAUGAGUCUGAAGAAAGGAGGGGGAUAGGGGCUGGGCUUCCCAGACAGAGUUACUGUUUGAAGGCUCCUAUGGAUUCCUCAACUCAUUUAUCUUUACUCUUCACGGCUGCCGGACACCCUGACUGGAAAUGGCCACCGCGGAGAAGAAACUUCACUCUGCGGGCAGCCAAAUUGACCAGGUGGUGCCUCCCGACACCGCUGACCUUACUAUGUCUAUGAGGGUUGAGACUGCGGCCGGUGACCCCGAGUGGAUAGAGGAGAGGUUCAGGAUUGACAGGAAGAAGCUAGAAGAGAUGCUGCACACUCCAGGAACUGGGAAUGGCCUGACUGGAGAAGAAUUCUUCCAGAAGGUCAUGGAUGAAACUGGGACGCAGAUCAAAUGGCCUUCAAAGCUGAAGAUAGGAGCAAAGUCAAAGAAAGAUCCUCAUGUUAAGGUAGAAGGAGUGAAAACAGGAGUUGAAGAAGCAAAACGGAGAAUUUUACAAGUUCUGGAGGCACAGGCCAGCAAAGUCACACUGAAGAUGGACGUGGCCCACACCGACCACUCACAUGUCAUUGGCAAGGGUGGGUGCAACAUUCGCAAGGUCAUGGAGGAGAGUGGCUGCCACAUCCACUUCCCAGACUCCAACCGUAACAAUGUGAACAUGGAGAAGAGCAACCAGGUCUCAAUUGCUGGACCUCAGCCAGGAGUGGAAGUGGCCAGGAGAAAGAUCAGGGACCUGCAGCCUCUGGCUCUUAGUUUUGAACUUCCUGUAAGCAUCCUUCCUCAAGUGACACCUGACACCAACUCUCCCUUGAUUCGCCACAUCACUCAGACCUUUGAUGUCAGCGUCAGUGUCAGGCAGCACGCUAAUCUUUAUGGUGGCACGUGCACAGUGAGAGGACUACAAGGGAACCAUGCUGGUGUUCAGAAGGCAACAGCCAUAUUAAUCGAGCUCCUGGCAAGCGCAGAAGUGGCCCUCAAUGUCAGCACUCAGUUGGACAUCACUUCCCAGCAGAGGCUCUUUCUCCUUGGACAAAAUGGGUCCAACCUUGGCAAUGUCAUGCAGGUGACUCACACACAGAUUGUGCUGCAGGACUUGAACUGCAAUCCCAGUCGCUCGACUCUGCUCAUCAGGGGCCCGAUUGAAUCGGUUUGUCUGGCCAAACAACUCCUUCUGGACUGUCUGCCUCUCUGCUUGAUGUUUGAUCUGGAGACCAAUGCUGACGUGGACCCAAACCAGCUCAGCCACAUCAUGCGCAGCCUGGGGGUUUCCAUUGGCCUCAAGGAGAAGCUGAAGCAGCCUGCUAAGUCAGUCAUAGUCAAGGCCUUGGAAAGGAAUGUGCAGAACAUGUAUGAAGCCAGGAGGUUAGUGCUGGGCCUGCAAGGGAAGGAUACCAACAAGAUUCUCGUUGCACCCAGCACCACCACUGCCCGCCUGUCUGACCUGAGCCCACCUGAAUCUGCUGGUCAUCCUGACUUAUUUAGCAGCAACAAAGCAGUGUCAUUGGAGUCCAAAGUUGAGGUAACAACUCCACCUGGCUUACCGACUUCAACUAGAGGGUCAGAGGAGAAGCAACAGGAGACGCCCAGCAGCAAAUCAGAUGACACGAUCUCUGCACGCCAGAUUCCAGAUAUUGGCCAAGAUGGAGAGGGGGGCUCAGCAGAGGGGUACACCUCAGAAAUAAUCUGUGAAGACAAACACAAAAAGGACAGUGUGGCGAUGGCCAAGGGGAAAAGUAGCAGUCAGGCUGAGAACGAUAAACCACCUGACCCAAAUGGACACCCCACAGCAUCGAGGCCAAAUAUUACUGUCUGCGAUGAGGCCAAAGAGAGUCAUCACCACAGGACAGAGCAGACCAGUGAACCAUACAGAGGAGCCAGUGGUGACCUGGAGCCAAGUGCUGAUGUCACAAAGAGUGAGAAUUACGACUAUGAAAAGAAGAGGCAACUGGCUGCACGUGCGAUGCAGAACAGGCCUGUGGAGACAGAGGUGCGCACGCCUACAGACACAUGGAGUGGCCUUGGUUUUUCCAAAUCAAUGCCAGCGGAAGCAUUCCAGGAACUGCGGUGUGCUGGCCGGCGGACUUACAAGCCGUACCUCAGUAACAGUUUUCAAUUACAACAGAUCAGCAAAGAGAAAGUGACAAGUGGCAGCGACAGCGACAACUGGCGGGAGCGCAGACGAUCGACUUCUUCAUUCUGCUCGCCUUCUUUCCCAGUCUUUGGCUCGUCAUCGUUAAGAAGCAGGCCCGAGCAGUCAUCAGAGCCGUUCUUCAAAUGUGGCAGUUUUCCAGAAAGCAUCUCAGAGACUGCAAGCAACUGUCGCUUCCCUAUAAAACAAGCAAGCAACCUGACGGAGCUCUUCAGCCAGCUUGGGCUUGGCAAAUACUUGGACAUCUUUGAGCAACAGGAGAUUGAUUUCCAGACGUUUUUAACGCUCACUGACGAAGACCUCAAGGAAGUUGGAAUCUCCACAUUUGGGGCAAGAAGAAAAAUGUUACUUGCCAUUUCAGAUUUAAAUAAAACGAAGAAGAAGAAGCUCCUGGAACCCCCAGUUGUGCGGCCAGGCUAUCUCGAAGGGGGCGCCAGUGGACGAUUACCCUGGAAUGUGGACAUGGACGUUGACAUUGCAGCACUCAGCAACCGCUGGUGAUACAUGUACUCUUGCAUUUUUUAACGAAUGGCAAAAUCUCCAUUUGUAUUUUGUAUGCGCUGCAGCACAGAAGAUCUACUGCCAGUGCUGGAUCAGGGCAGACUUUUACAGCUUAUUUUAUGCAGCCACAAAAAUGUGUGCAAAAUUGAAGACAGGUCAGGUACAAAUACAUGACGACAGAUGAGUUGAUAAAAUGAUAAGAAACUUUUGCGGGCAAAACUGAUUAUUUUGAGGGUCUCUCCUAGCCUCUCUUCUUUGUCUCUGUUGCCCCGUUUCACGCCCGACUGUUACCUGUUGUUUUUUUUAUGAUCAUCACUACCACACAGAGGCUUGCAGACUGGGCAUGUGGAUGGCAUGUUAAGGAUGACGUCCUAUAAAGGCCAGAACCAGGUUCUUAUUUAGCAGAUCAGCAGGUGGAUGAAACCGUAAAUGGAGAACGUCUCGCACAUGUCACACUGGAACUGCGCAACAGGAGUGUUUUUUUUUAUUACUUUGUUGUUAGCACACAUGACAGAUGGCAACUUUAACUCUUGUGAAUUAAAUAUUGGAAUUGGGUCUGAGCAGAUGAAGACACGUGCAUAAUGACUUCCAGAGGAGUUGGAGAAAGGCUUUGUCAGCAUGCACCUGCAAGCAGGAAACUGGUGGGAAUUAAUUCAGCAUUGUAAACGUUUCCUCUACAUAACAUCACAACCUCAAAAUGGAUUAAGCAGCCUUGAUAAAAAUGUAUGGCUGGAUGAGUAAAGCAGUUAGAAACACACGCGAUAAAGGCUCAAGGAAGUGAAAUCUGAUGAUCUCUUCAGUUUUUACUGUAACA